AUGAUUAUUCUUGGACUUAUUUUUAGUUUUAUUCUUGAUUCAAAAGAUUCAAAAAUAAUUGAUCCAUUAUUAUUAAUAUCUCGAAAUGAAAUAUUUCCAUGGUGUUCAUCAACAAAAGUGAAUAUUCUUUCAGUAUAUUUUAAACCGAAUUAUCUUCGAUGUUUUUUUAGAAAACACAAGGACAAUGAAAUUUCAAAGAAUGGCAACUCUGAUGAACAAGAAACGAUGCUCUAA